GUGCUGGAUUCAUUUUUGCAGCUUUCUUCACCAGGUGUUUUAGAUUGUUUUAUUCGUUUCUUUGCUGCUAAUUGUUUCAGCAUAUUAAAUCGGUAUUUUACUGCACUCCCAGAAAUAGCCGUCCCCGGAAGUGGGCCCAUUAGUCCCAGGCCAGGAUGAGUAUAUGGGUGAGGUCGACGCCUAAUGAAUCGAGGGGGAUGGGACGACGUUACUUGCAGCAGCCCACCAGCCUCUGGCAUCCAAUGAAGGCUGAGAUUGGAUUUCCAAACGGCGGAUGUGUCCCCACUUUCUCGCCUUGGCAGGUCGCAGAGGGUGGAGCUCCAUGCCUCCGUUUGACAGCUGCAAAAUAGAAAAUGUAUAGCGCAUUGAAGAUCUGGGAAAGCAUGCUGCUUCAAGGCAACCGCUCUACCUCUAGGAAUGAGCUGCAGCAUGGCCCUUUAUAGCCUGCGAUUGCCCUCGUAAAUCUGGACUAACUGGAGGAACACCAAAUAAGGGAGAUAACUAGAUUUUAUUGAGCAGAUAAUCCUGGGAUACUUGAGGCAUGCACCGGGCGUUCUCGUACCCGGUGACCGUGGAGCGCAGUCGGACCAAGGAGCGCCUGGAGACGAGUCUGGCUGGGUUGUGUGAGCUGGAGCUCCGCAAGCAGAGGCAGGAGUGCCUGGUGCUGGGAGCGCUGACUCUGGGAGAUCCCCUGCCCCAGGACCGCACCAGAGGAGAGCUGGCGUGUUUCAGCAGCUGGGGGCAGGAAAACUUGACACUGAGGCGCCAGCUGAGUGCUCUUCAGAGCUCCCCAUGGGGCCUGAUGCAGGCGCUGGAACAGCAGGUGGGAGAGCUGAGGAUCAACACCGAUUAUGGCUGCUGUAAUGGAGCUCAAGGAGAGGCAGGAGACAGUCAUCCGACUUCUGGUUUCUACAAAUCAAGUGAGGGUCAAUCACCAAAAGGAAGAUCAGAGAUGGUCUCGUCCUGUCUUGUAACCGAUGACAGGUCAAAAUCUGUGGAAGAUCCCCUUAUGCCGAAUGGAGAGUUGGAUCUGCCAGUCCUAUGUACCAGCCUACCUCGCUCUUUUUCUGCCCCUUACCCACCUCUGGAGGGCAUCACAGAAGAGGGCACGGGAGUGGAUUCAUGGCAGUGGGACCCCAGUGGAGACACCCACACAUGGCAGCAGCAGCCUGCAGAUGAUGAAGUCACAGAAGAGGACUACCAGCAUGCCUUGAGGGUGGAGAGCUACAUCCUAACUCUCAUCCAACGGCAUACCCUCUCAUCAAGGCCAUGCCAGCCUCGUACCACCCUGGGCCCUGAAUCUCCAUACUGCAGUGCCUCCGGACACAGCUCCCUACACAGGAGAACUCCUCCUUUUACCACAGAGCAACACUUUCCUGAUUCUCAUCUAAAGCCCCAUGGUGACUUUUCUGCAAACCCUAAUAACCAGAGCUUUGGUUGUGACCUGCUACAAGGGGAGGCCUGCGGAGGAGAGGCCCCAUCUUUGGAGGAGGGCUGUUAUCUGUCUCUGCCCUACCCCGAGUCCAAACUGCACUCUCUGGCUGGGAGGCUACCGUCACCUCUGUCCUCCCUGGACUCCAAGUGUGGUGCUGGGCCUCCUGAUCCUUGUUGUGAACCUGCAUCCCCUCACCAUCCACAGGCCUCUUUUCAUCACAAACACAGUUUAGUUAAUGCUCAGUAUAUCCCUGGACAAGCUUACCGUGUUCCUUUGUGCGCCUCUAGACAUUACAACCCAGAGCAGUCUAAGUCCACCCGAGGUAUCACCUCUGUAGACCACCCCAACUCCAUGUCCAAAUCCUGUAAGAAAGGCCACAAGGAGCGACAGAGAUCCAAGAAAUCAAGCAGUAAAACCAGUCACUCUCAAUCUGAAAACAGCCUCCUCAGCCAACGGGUGCUGCCUGAGCGCAGAUACAGCACCACAGAGAGGCACCAUGGCAGAGGGGACCAAGGCCAGGUCUCUGGACCACAGGUGGGCAACAACAGCCACAACGGGAGCCGACGCUGGUGCUCCAACCUGGAGCUAAGCCAGGAUGAGGGGGAGACCCAAACAGGGCACGCAUAUAGACAGCCACUUCGAAAAGCUCGCCAUGGUCAUGCUUGUCAACGCUCCCAACCCCAGAACUACCAGCAGCAGCACCAGCAUACACAGCGCUGGCACACAGACUUUGAAGAGAGAGCACCUCUCUGUCAGGAAGAGGAGGGCUAUGCUGCCGCCGCCCCCGCAGAGUCAGAGUCCAGCACGAGUGAGGUGUAUUCUCCAGCCUCCAGCUCACUGUCCAGUGACUCGGAUGAGAGUGGAGGGCUGGUGUGGCCUCAGCAGCUGCCACCACGCCUCGUUUCUACUUCCUCCUCAUCUUCACCUUCACCACAGGCCACUGCCAAUGCUCCCUCUCAACCAAAAGCCUUUGUCAAGAUCAAAGCUUCUCAUGCUCUUAAAAAGAAGAUCCUCAGAUUCCGCUCAGGGUCCCUCAAAGUCAUGACUACUGUAUGAGGAAAUGUUCAGUCCUGUAACGUUUACUACUGUGUUGUAAAGUCAGAGCUACACUGUGGAUACUACCUUUGGUCACCAACCAGUCCAGUCUUUACACUCUGCCUCCCUCUAAUUGCAGUGUGUUUUUAUUGAGAGACAUUUACAUUAAUGGACAAAAUUAAAGACCUCCAGUCUUCUUCUGAUUAGAGAUCAUCUGCUUGUUGUUUCUGGCUGAAUUUAUCUUGUAGGUGACAACCAUCAGAAACUACGGGGGAUAUUUGCUAUAUUGUGGUGCCACAACUUUUAAAUUUAGCAGCAUAUUUAUUGACAUUGAUGUAAAUGAGUGCAGCUGCAGCUCUGUUCAUUUGAAUGUGUUUCAGCUGGUAUGGAUGUACCUGUACUGCUCACAGGUGGCCUGAGAGUCACAGUAGAAAAGAUUGUUUACCUUAGUAGGCUCUGGUUGAAGAAAUCAGCAAACAUAUUUUGGAGCUUCUAUCACACAGUCUUCUGCCAGUCAACUCAUUUUUAUUUUGUUCAGUAACUAAAGCAUGUUUUGACCUCAAAGUCCCUCACAUUCUCCUCUGGCGAGCUAUGUGAUUUACAAACAUCAUCUUCCCUCCUCAAGCAUGUUCUUAACUCUGACAAGAUCUCAAAUGACUAACAGCUGCCUCUCUGAGGACAUUUUACACCUGCUUUUGCCUUAGGUGAAAUUUCUGUUGCAGUUCCCUCUGUCGCAGCAGUGGUAAAUCAGGCGCUGAGGAUAUUUGAAUGAAAAGACUGUCUCAUUUGGUACUAAUUGUUUGAAUUUCCUUGAAAAAACAACUUCAUUUAAACUCAAGUACAUAUUAGUUGAAUAUCCAUCUAUUAUUGGAAAUUUUAUUCUCAUUUGCACAUCUUGGAUGGUUAGCUGGCCUACUCUGCACUAGCCAAAAACUUAGGCUAUAAUUAAUUGAAAUGAAUUAUCCAGAGGUUUAUCAUUUGAAUGCUGUCUCCACUUUCUCUCAACCAAACUACACAGCUCUUUCCAGGAAAUGUCUUGAAAGGAAUGUCUUCUUCACCACGAUGGACC